AUGGGCCAAACUAAGAUAAGUCUUAAGGAAUUGGCCAGUGUCAAGCGUAAAACACAAGAGUCUAUUGAUGAUUAUUUGAAUAGAUUUAGAUUGCUUAAAGCUAGGUGUUUUACUCAAGUACCUGAACAUGAACUUGUCGAAAUAGCUGCUGGUGGCUUAGAUUAUUCGAUUAGAAAGAAAUUAGAUACUCAAUACUUAAGAGAUAUGUCUCAAUUGGCUGAUAGAGUUCGACAACUCGAAAAGCUAAAAGCUGAAAAGUUUAGGAAUUCAAAGUUUCAGAAAAAGAAAGAAAUUAAUUUUGUUGAUUCCUAUGAUAGUGAUUAUGAUGAUGACACUGAGUAUUCUGAUUUUGAUGAAAGUGAAGUUAAUGUGGCUGAAUUAAAGUCAGGGCCUCCUUAUACAUGCAAAUUGCUGAGGCCUUCGAAUGGGAAAAAUCCAGUCGAACCAAAGAAUGAUAAGUUUGUUGCAAAAACCUACACAUUUGACAUUACUAAAUGUGAUGAGAUCUUUGAUUUAUUGGCUGCUGAUGGCCAAAUAAUUGUGCCAAAAGAUUUAAAAAUGCCUCCAAUAGAUCAAAGAAAGAAAAGAGGUUAUUGUAAAUAUCAUAAUUAUUUGGGCCACAAAACUUAUCAAUGUGUUCUUUUCAGGGACCUGGUUCAAAAAGCUUUGAACGAAGGAAGGCUCAAGUUCGCUGAAAAAACUAAGCUUCAGAUGAAAGUGGACACUGAUCCACUACCUGCUGCUGAUGCUAGUUUAGUGGAAGUUUAUGAUUGCAACAUGAUUGAUGUUGUUGAUGCUGCUGCUUCUGUCAAAGCUAUUCCUGAAAAGGAGUAUGAGAAGAAAGUUAGGGAGGUGUAUCCCAAUGCUGAGGAGGAGCUGGUUGAUUAUCUGAACAGGUGCAAGCUGAACAAUGCUGAGGUCAUGCUGUGUCCAAGAUGCAGCGCUGUAUGUGAUAAGAAAGCUACUGAAGGCCUUCGAAAUGUGUUUCCAUUUGCUGAGAACAAACGAAAAUGGCCAAAUGCUAGGCCAAACCAGAAAAACUGGCCAUAUAAGAGGAUUGAUUGGGGAAAAACUGCUGUCCAAACCCCUUCGAUUCAUCAAAGGCUUGGUCCUCAACGCACUUUCAAGCCAUCACACAAAGCUCCAGCUAACCAGUGGGUCAGUGGACAAUAUGUUGCUUUCAAUAACAAGAAACUGAUGGAGAAAGGGAGUUCUAGCAAUGUCAAUGUGAAGAUAGUUGCUGAAGCCAGUGGUUUGAAGGCUCCUGCUGUGCCUAAAGAAGUUAAGUCUGUGCCAGAAACCAAUAAACAUGGUUACAGAAAUAACUACAAGGGAAAGAACCCUAUGACUCGAACUCAAUGGCGCAGGUUCCAGCGCAGAAAGAAACUUGCAAGUCAGAAUGUGAAUGCUGGGGGCAAUGCUACUGUGGUCCAGAAAGUUGAAAUUGCCAGGAGACCAGCUAAAGAAAGGCUCACUCCAGUUGUCGAAAUGGCUGAACCUGAAAAGGAGAAAGCUGAGAAAGGAAAAGAAGUGGAGGGAGAAAAUGAAGAGGACUACAUGGAUGACGAUGACCUCUUAGAUGAUGAACCAGACUUUGAUGUCUUGGUUAAUGUGAUUUCAAUUCUGCCUGUUGAAUAUAAUGUUCAGACAGAAGUAAAUGAAGUGGAAGAAGAGCAGAAUACCAUCGAAAUGGCUAGCAACAAGCCAGUUUGCUACUACAUCAUGGGAAAUGGUUGUGUAGAAGACCAGAAUGCUGUGUUCGAAAAGCCUCACUUGGGAAUGAAAAAUCAUUUGAAGGCUUUGUUCAUCAGAGCUAAGGUUCAUGGAGUUGGUGUAAACAAGAUCUUGGUUGAUGGUGGUGCAGUGGUUAACAUAUUACCUCACUUCAUGCUGAAGAAGUUGGGUUUAUAUGAAACAGAUCUGCAUACUCAUAAUGUGGUGCUGGCCAAUUAUGAGGGUAAGAUUGGUCAUGCUCUUGGGGCCAUUCAGUUAGAGGUAUGUGUGGGAAGCACAGUUCGAAAGACCUUGUUCAUGGUCAUUGCUGCCAAACCUAAUUACAACAUGUUGCUGGGCAGAGAAUGGAUACAUGGGGUAGGUGUUGUGCCUUCAACUAUGCAUCAGAAGUUGAUUGUGUGGAGAGAAGAUGGUUUAGUGGAAUAUGUGGAAGCUGACCAAAGUGCUUAUUUAACAGAAACUAACACUGUUUCUCUCCAGAAUUUUGACAAAAAUCUGGCUUCGAUUGCUCCAUGUGGUGAGCAAGAUGCUGCAUUCGAUCCAGAGGAAAUGGUGUCUGAAAAUGUAUACCAUUCAGUGAAACUUCAUCCAACCCAUGGUUUCUGCUGGGAAAGGGAAGAUAUUGAGAAGCCCUUGACAGAGGAUGAUUUCCCACCUGCAACUGGUUGGGGUGAUGUUGAUGGUUCUGAUGAUUGA